AUGACGACUCCUGAUUUGGUUAAAUUCCCCAUAAAAUUGGUUGAUUGGACAUUAGAAUAUUUAAGUAACCUUGGUGAAGAUUUUCAAUUAAAAACUCCAAUACUAUUACAAGAAAAGAAUGGUCCAUGUCCUUUAAUUUCACUUAUGAAUACUUUAAUUUUUAAAAAUGAAUCAAUAAUACAUGAACACUUUAUAAAUGAUUAUGUAAAAGAUGGUUUACUAGAUAGAAAAAUUAAAGGCAUUUCAAAAUUAAAAGACUUGUUAAUUGUUAAAUAUCAUUCAAUUGGUCAUAUUGAAUUGAAUGAAGUUUUAUCAAAUUUAGGAGAAUUAUUAUUAGUUUUCACUGAAAAUACCAAUUAUCAAUUUGAAGUAGAUCAAUUAUUAGAACAAUUACCUAAAUUACAUACGGGAUUAGAUGUUAAUCCAAAUUUAAUUAAUGGGGAAUUUGAACCAGAUUUAGGAACUACUUUAUUUUCUAUAUUUGAUUUACAAUUUAGACAUGGCUGGGUAAUUAAUCAAAUCGAUGAUGUUGAUAAUUUUAAUGAUAUAGAUCGUGGUAAUAUGAGUAUUCAAACAUUGGAAGUUGUUGACAAUUAUGGACAAUUAGUUGAAAUUUUUAAUGAUUUGAAAACAUUUGAUAAAAUCCAAGAUUAUUUAUUAGAUCAAGACGAAUCUACUUCAUUUAAUCAAAGAUUAAUUAGUAAGUGGUUAGAUUUGAACAAAACUCAACUUACUACAAAUGGUUUACAAAAAUUAAAUUAUUUAGAUAAAGGUGAAUUUAUUAUAUUUUUUAGAAAUAAUCAUUUUAAUACAUUAUUUAAAAAGAAUAACAAUGAAUUUUAUUUGAUAGUUACUGAUUCAUCAUUUAUAAACAAAAGUUCAAAGAUUAUAUGGCAAUCAUUAAAUAGUGUUAAUGGAAAAGAUGAUUUGUUUUUCACUGGUGAUUUUUAUCCAGUAUUAGAUAUUGAUGACGUUACGACAACAGAGAAUCAAAGUGAUUAUUUAUUAUCAAAACAGUUGCAAGAAGAAGAAGAUCGAAAAUUGGCUGAAAAAUUAGAGAAUCGUAAUAAAAAGAAAUCUCAACCACAAUCAAAACAACAACAACUAAAGAAACCAACUUCCAAACCUUCUAAAGAGACAAUUGACAAAGAUAAUAAAAAGAAAAAAUUAAACUGUUGUAUAGUAUAA